AUGGGUGUACCCCAGGAAUGGGAUGGGAAUUAUCCCAAAAUCUGCCCCCCUCAAGUUCAGCAGAGUCUCAUCAGGGUUGAGGCAAGUUUUGGGUUUUUCAGUGCAGAUUUUAGGGUUCCCGAGGCUACUUUUAGUGCCAUUUUUGGGGAUUUUUUGGCCAUUUUGGGUUGGUUAUCCCCGCUGUGGAGCGGGAAGGGGCUGGAGCGCUCCGACUACAUCGCCCUGGCCAUCGUCGACGGCUUCGUGCAGCUCAGCUACGACCUGGGCUCCAAGGGCGUCACCCUGCGCUCCAGCGUGCCCGUCAACACCAACCACUGGGUGCACAUCAGAGCCUCCAGGGUGCAGAGGGAAGGGUCCCUCCAGGUCGGGAACGAAGCCCCCAUCGCCGGCUCCUCCCCCCUCGGGGCCACCCAGCUGGACACGGACGGGGCUCUGUGGCUGGGCGGGCUGGACAAGCCCAGUGUGCCCCCCCGUUUGCCCAAGGCGUUCAGCACGGGUUUCGUGGGCUGCGUGUGGGACUGUGGGCUGGACAAGGCCAGCGUGCCCCCGCGUUUGCCCAAGGCGUUCAGCACGGGUUUCGUGGGCUGCGUGCGGGACUCUGUCACCAGUGCCAUCCCCUGUCCCUGA